GAAAUUCUCGAACCACUUACUUAGCUAACUAACGCAUUAUACUCCAAUUCAUGCUUUUCUUCCAUCAAACGCAUUGUUUGGUGGUUCAAAUUCCACAACUCUCAUUUUUCUAAUCCGAAAUCUUUGUCGAUGGGGAAUUGCGCUGCGCAGUCGAAGAAAUCGGCGGCCGAGAUCGUGCCACACGACAGCGUCAAAGUUGUCUGCCCCGCCGUCCGAUUGCACGGAUCGCCUACCAGCACUCUCACCGCCUACAUCCGAUUCGCGCUCCUCCACAAGGCCGUCUCCGUCAGGUUCGUGCCCUCCGAUACGCCGGAUUUCGGGUCCGAGACGCCGGUCCUCCAGGUGGGGUCCGACACCGUAUCGGGCUCUCGCGAGACGCUGCUCGGGUACAUAGACGCCCGGUUCCCGCACCCGCCUCUUACAACGCCGGGCUACGAGGAGGAAACGACGCCGUUGAUAGUGAGGGUGGUGGGGCUGCAGCACAAGAGCAUUAGUUGGCACAUGGAGAGGCUGGUGAGGUGGGCGGAGGAUCUGGCGGCACGUGGAGGGAAAGGGAGCGUUAAUCCGAGCGUGGGGAGCCCACGCAUGGAGGUGAGGAAGUUCGGGAGGAGCUACUCGGAGCUGCUGGAGCUGAUGCUGGAGCAUGCUCAGAUGGAGGAGAGGGUUGUCUUCCCGAUCUUGGAUAUGGCUGAUCGAGGGCUAUGUAAAGCUGCAAACGAGCAACAUGCCAGAGACCUACCCAUCAUGAAUGGCGUCAAAGAGGACAUCAAAUCUAUUGGAGUAUUGGAUUCGGGGAGCCCUAUCUGCCAAGAGGCUCUCUUCAAUCUUUCUUCUCGGCUCAAAUCAUUGCGGGAGCAUUGUGAACAGCACUUUGUAGAGGAGGACAGAGAUUUACUACCCUUGAUGGAGGCGGUGGAGCUGAGCAAUGAGCAACAGAAGAGGGUACUGGCGCAGUGUUUGGAUGUGAUGCAAGCAACUCACUCACAUUUGUUUAACUUUCUUCUUGAGGGUCUCCUCCCUCGCGAAGCAAUGCAGUACUUGGACUUGAUCACGAGCUGUGGCGACAAAGAACAAAUGGCCUCCGUGCUAAGAUUGACCGUCAACUAGGAUCUAAGACUUGACUCCUGAUGAUUUUUAGAUGCAGGGAAGAGCUACUGGAUACAUGAUGUUCACAGAAAGUAGAAACAGCGAGUUUGAACAAAUUGUAUAGAUUUGUGAUGCUUGCCUCUUAAGUAAACAGGGCAGUGGAAAUUAAAGGUUAAGAAAGAUUUAGUAUGGUUUGGCAAGAAUGGGAGAGAAGAGGUGUCACAUGUCACAUUACCUGGUAAAUUUGCUCUCAAAGAAUAUAUUUUAAACAUGAAAUUGUACAGAGGUGUACUUGAAUUGGGUAGAAGACAGAAACUUUUGAGAGUUGAUGGUUAAAAACUUAAAAAUAAAGGUGGGAGUGAGUGCUUGCUGUUUUUGUAGAACAUUUGUAUCACAUUACUCAAAGGUUAGAUGGGUG